CAACUCUUCGGCCUGGACGAAACGCGGAAGCGGACGUCCCCGGAACAACACGGAGCUAAUAACAAAGCUUAGCCGCGGCCAGGAGCCUUCCGUGAACGAAACGACCCCAUUUCCCCGUCGAGUCUCCCCGCGGACCAGCCGACGCUGUCCGGUGACCGACUCGCCUCGACAGGUUGGCGGGCUGCCGCGGCCAUGUGGACCGGGCCGGUUGAAUUCGGAGGCUCUCCCUUCCUCCGGGCGGAUGAAGUCGCUGGGACUCGCUAGUUUCGCCUGAGCUCCUCUGCCUCGCGAGCCGGCUGCUGCCGUACUCCCCGCUCGGGAAUGACAAUGCACAAUACCGGAGCCUCCCACGAUCCCUCACAGGGCGCAGGGGAACGGGGGGAGCUGGUGCACACAUUGUCAAAAGAGACCCCCGGGUCUCCAGAUGCCUCUGAGUUGGGGAGCCCACGGUGCAUACCAAACUUUGACCUCCUCAACAUGGUCGUGUCCUAUAAGAGAAUGGCUCUGUUUCUAGAACCAGCUGCAGAUGCAGUGGAGCUGAGCCGCUUUCUGCUCGGAUGGAAGAUGCCCCUGUGCUCUCUGCUUGUGUGUAUAUUCCUUAAUGUUUUCUUCUGCACUGUUAAUGAAGUGGGUUGGUUCUCAGUUGGUGUGGUGGCGGUGUUGGCCCCGGCUGCCUUGGGUUACCGGCAGGACAGGUGUGGGGGCAGAGCGUCAGAAGCUGAGCUUCAGAGGAGCCGCUAUCACGCUGUGCAUCGCAGAGACCUGCAGACAGUUCAUCUCACCAAACAGGAGGCCAUGCUGGAAGUAAAAGACCUGUUGAAGCACCUAGAUGACAUGUUGGCCUCAGCCUGUCAGUCAGCAGAAGCUAUUCACAAGGUCCUGUACUGGGAUAAUCACACCAAGUCAUCAAGAUUCUAUGGAGGAAUGUUUAUAGUGGUGUGUCUGCUCUACAUUGCUCCUGUGGGCUGGGUGCUCGCUGGGCUCAACAGUGCCCUCUUCCUGUGGAACAGAGACUUCUGCAGAGUUUUGUUGGACAUUAGGAAUCUCUUCCAAGUGGGCCAGAACAAAGCCUCACAGGGGCGGUGUGAUGAACAGGAACAAGGCAACUUGCUGGACAGGACCCCGACACCAACCAGUCUGGAGGACCUGUCUCCUGGCAGUGUGGAGGAGGCUGAGGAAGCAGAGCCUGAUGAUGAGUUUAAGGAUGCCAUUGAGGAACAUUCGAUUUCUCUGCAGGAAACCCCUUUGGUCUUAGUGGAGGAUGACGAUGGGCCUCUCGGAGCGCCGGAGUACGACACCAUCUCAGAAAAUGGUCUCUUGAGCCGCAAUGAGCCAAUACGCAGCAAGGUGUCCAAACUGACAGAGAAACUGCGUAAACGCUACCCCACCACCAGCACAGGAAACUGUUCGAGCUGCAAUGCUGUUUUCUCAGUGCUGAAGAAAAGGAGGAACUGCAGUAACUGUGGCAACAGCUUCUGUUCUCGAUGCUGUUCUUUUAAGGUGCUGAGAGCUUGCAUGGGAGCAACAGCUCCAGAGGCCCAGAGAGAGACCGUGUUUGUUUGUGCUGCCUGUAAUACCUCUCUCAUCAAGCUACAGUGAGAUGAAAUGUUAGUUAUUGUCUCCCUGUGGCCAGUGGGAGGUCAUUCGCUGUUCGGCCCCCCCAAGCCCUUCACCAAGUUACUGAAGCCCUCUCACAUGCUUGGUUUAAUAUCUGUCAAGGAACCUCCACAGUUGAACUCCAAGUUCCCCCCACCACCACCAUACCUUUUCCAGUUGAAUCACUUUUUAACUUCUUAUGAUUAUGGGACUGCUUCUGUGAUAUGUAUGUUACAUGUUGUCCGUUUCAACUCUCAAUGAAGAACUGGACCUUAUGAAUCGAUGAGACUUUAAGCCGUAAAUUAUAUAUACAAAAAUCAAAGGACCUUGGUUUUCCCUUUGCUGGGCCGAGGGAAUGGCAAAGAAUGCGAGGUGGAGGCCAGCACUGGGCUGGUGGUGUAGGGUGAUGAUGGGACUUUUCCUGGAUGUCAGUGGUUUCGCUUUUAUGAGCUUUGCCUCGUCUCAAAGUUGAGUCCCCUUGAAUGUUGAUCUCUUCAGCCCAGUGUGGCGGUUCAACUGUACUAUCAUGCCGAGAUAACUCCUACAAAAAGACUAAGGCUGGCACCGGAUAGAUUUGGUGAUUAAUAUGAUGUUUUGAGCUGGGCAGUGUACAAAGCUGAAUUUUUGUGUUGUUUGGAUGAACAAAAUAAUGGAUGUAAAAGCAAAAGAAGCUCUGCAUUUGGCCUCGUUUGCUGCGCAGGCUGGUUAAGUAAACCUUUCCUCACAGUCUUGUUUGUUGUCCUCCAGUAAACUUUGACCUGUGGCUCCACGUGACUAUUUCUGAGAUUAUCCAACUUUUUGAGGCCAGUGAUUUUGGUUUACUUCAUGUUUUUACAAUGGCAUCUGCUCCCACUGCAACCUCCACCGCUCUGCACUGGGAUCAGAAGUAAACUCUGCUAAUGAAUCCCAUUACAUUUCUGAUAAAACCACUGGCGAAGGUGAACUGGAGGACUGUGAAUGAAGACGAGUUUGGUCGAUCCCCCCCCCCCCCCAAUGAUCAAACUGUUGCCUCAUUCUGUUUUUUUCCUGUGUUAACAUGUCGCAAUGGCUUUCUUUGAAGUGACAACCUAAAAGACUAUAUCCCUGCAGCCCAAGCUUCUCCUCUUAACUGGAUCAACGUCAACUUGAUUAGAUUCAUCUGAACAGACUGAGAAACCAACUGAAAAUGUCAUCAGAGCCUCACACUCUUGCCAGCGGGACCUUAAAAGAAUGAAUGUUGGGGCACUGUAGCCCAAAAGGUGGGUCUUUGGUGGCAAAGUUGUUUUAAUCAUGAUUCAGACACAGAUGAUUGUAAUGUUUGCUUUGUUUUUAUUGUAAUCAUAUAUAAAUUGUUACUGUAUAUUGUCCUCCUAUAUCUAAUAUAUUUAAUUUAAAACUCCAGAAACGGCAAGUUAUUAUUUGACCUAAUGAUCAAUUAUGUAUAUAUUGGCCCAUAUUUUAUUGUUGAAACAAGCAAUUAAUUAAAUAAACUGAGAUGAUUUGAUCAA